AUGCUCCUUGAGCUUGGUCCUCUUCGUGGCUGUGCCUGCUCCUUGAGCUUGGUCCUCCUCGUGGCUGUGCUUGGCCCUCCUUUGCAUGCCCAUGACACCCUUGUCACAAGUGCAAAGCAACAGAAGGAGUAUCCAGUGAUCAUUGGCAAGCUACUCUGGGUUGCCAACAGCACCCAGCCCAACCUUAGCCUCACCAUGGGCAUUCUCGCUAGACACAUGUGCGAACCAUCACAGGAGCAUUAUCAGGCAGCACAAUGGGUCUUACGCUACCUCAAAAGCACAAAGGAGGUUGGAUUGGUUUAUAGGGCAAAUGAGUUGCAAGAGCCACUGGUCGCGCACAGUGAUGCAAACUGGAGAAGGAGUACAUUGGGAUCAGUGGCAUUAGUGUACAGGAACCCAGUAGCCUGGAAGUCAGUGACACAAAAAUGCAUAUCAUUGUCUGCCAUCGAGGUGGAGUUCAUUGCAGCCAUGGAAGCAACACAUGAGGUGCUCUUCCUCAAGCAGCUGCUAUGCUCAAUUGGUAUAGCCACAGGCACCCCGACAGUCUACUUGGACAACACUGGUUGCAUACAGGUUAGUAAGGACCCAGCACAGCACUGGAAGCUUAAGCACAUUGACACCAAGUAUCACUUCAUCCAUAACAAUGUCCAAGAGGGAAGGGUGCAGAUCAAGUAUGUGGACACCACAAGAAACUUGGCAGAUGUACUCACAAAGCCCAUUGGGAGACAAGCAAUGCAGCAAGCAAGAUCUGGGCUACACCUGCAAAUACCAGCAGCAGCAUACAGAAUGGGGUCCCCAAGCUAUGCGACAGUAUUGAAGAACAGAGGUUGCACCUUGAAACAACAGCAUAAUGAACAGGGUACAUAUGCUGUUGAGGGGGGGAGUUGA